CUCCCACUGACACCAGUGAUGUGGCACACCCCCACCCCCCCCCCCCCCCCCCCCCCCCCCCCCCCCCCCACUGACACCAACGAUGGGACACUAUUCCUCCCACUGACACCAAUGAUGUGGCACCACUCCUCCCACGCGGCUGCUCCUUUAUUCAGUUCGGCCACUGGAUGUUCGCGUGGCUGCUCGGCUCCGCCUCCUCACUGGUGAUUGGCCGCCAGAACUGUAGCUCAGGAAAGGCACACAGGCGGCCAAUCACCGGCGAGGAGGCGGAGCCGAGCGGCCCCGCGAA